AUGGACACUUUCAAUCCAUACAACGGCAAGCCCCCGUCGAACGGAUCCGGCUCCCAGGGAGAUGCUGGCUCUCAAGGCGCAGGCGUUGCCCCCGGCGUACCCCAGCCCGGUCUCCCCAUGGCUCCGACCAACGGUCAGGCAGGCGGCGAUAUGACCCAGAACUUCUCAUCCGACUCUGCUCGUCAGACUCUUUGGAUGGGCGAACUUGCUGGCUGGAUGGAUGAAGGCUUCAUCCGCACGCUUUUCCAAUCCACCCUUACUGAAAACGUACAAGUUAAGAUCAUCCGAGAUCGCCACUCCGGAAGUGCCGGGUAUUGUUUUGUUGAGUUCGGAUCCCCAGAUGCGGCUCAGAAGGCCCUCCAACUCAACGGAACCCCUAUCCCGAACACUGACCGCGUGUUCCGCCUCAACUGGGCUUCUGGAGGAGGCCUCAUUGAUCGUCGCGAUGACCGAACUCCCGAGUACUCCAUCUUCGUUGGAGAUCUCGGACACGAAGUCAACGAAUUCGUUCUAGUCGCCCUAUUCCAAGCUCGAUUCCCCAGCUGCAAGUCAGCUAAGAUCAUGACAGAUCAACAGACUGGGCAGUCGCGCGGAUAUGGCUUCGUACGAUUUUCUGAUGAACAGGACCAACAGCGUGCUUUGGUCGAAAUGCAGGGUGUGUAUUGCGGCAACAGACCCAUGAGAGUCUCGCCCGCCACCCCUAAGAACCGUGGUCACCAAGCCCCUCAGUACAACCAAUUCGGCCAUCAGAUGAUGCCGCCUGCCCAGGUAGCCCACCAUGGCAACGCCAUGGGAGGCCAAUGGAUGCAACAGCAGCCUCCGAACUACGGUUACCAACAGCAGCCCGGCACGUUCAACCCCCUUACGAUGAACCAGUUCACCGACCCCAACAACACGACUGUAUUUGUAGGAGGUCUCUCGGGUUACGUAACCGAAGACGAACUCCGAUCAUUCUUUCAAGGUUUUGGGGAAAUCACCUACGUUAAGAUCCCUCCCGGAAAGGGAUGUGGCUUUGUUCAGUUCGUCCAUCGCCACGCGGCGGAGAUGGCCAUCAACCAGAUGCAGGGAUAUCCUAUUGGAAACUCUCGAGUUCGUCUGUCUUGGGGUCGUUCUCAAAACAAUUCUGGUGUAGGUACCCCCUAUCGACCCGCACCUCCCCCUCCACAUUAUUUCCCUCCAGGCCCCCCGGGUCCACCCGGCCCUGGUGCUGCUCCUUUCGGUGGCCCUGGCUUUGGUGGUGGUAGUGGUCACCAAGGUCCUCCUCCUAGCGGCUUGGGUCCUCAGGUAUAGUUCAUGUUAACCCCUGCACGCCCGUCAUUCGAAUAGUCUAAUCGGGACUCUAGUAAACCGGAACCGGCUCGCAACACGAUUCAGCAUACCCGGCAUGAUUUAGCAUAACCGGCGUCCCGCGUUUCUGGCGUUUCGGCAUGCUUCUCCGUCUUCUGCAUCAGUCUAUCAGUCUAUCAGUCUCUGGUUUCGGCUAUUUGGUCUUCUCGAUCCGUUUCCCUUCCUCGUGCGGUACUAUUCAGUCAUGGCUAUUCGAUGACACUUCUCCGCGUUAUGACACAUCUGGCGUUAGUGUGAACUCGAUACGACGAAUGGACGGUGCGCAUUGGGCGUUGGGGUUCACAUGCAAUUGGCCCUCGUGUCUAGCGUUGACUUUAUGAUGAAUCCGUAA